AUAUAUAUAUAUAUAAUGUAUAUGUGUGUGUGUGGUUGUACAUACACAUUAUGUAGUUGUUUUCUGGUGUUUCGCUUAGUGUUAUGUUAAAAUCAUUAUUAUAUUCAUACCUUUUGUUCUUUAAUAUUUUGAAUUGUUUUUAGCUUUAUUUUUGUUUUUUUCAUUUAAAUGUUAAGUUUUGAAUUUUGUUGUAUGCAUUUGUCAUUUUUAUUGAAUUUCUUUAUUUUUACAAUGUGUAUAUGUAGUAUUUAUAAAGUUUUAGCUUUUAGUUUUGGAUGUUUUUAGUUGUUUUAAUACUACAAUUGAUUGCUUCUGUUGUCCUCAUUUGUAAUUAAGUCGCUUUGGAUAAAAGCGUCUGCUAUGACUAACUAACCUUCUUUGAUCAUAUUUACCAAGGGUAUGAAUAAUUAUGAUCACAACUGUAUUACAAAGGAUAAUCAAUGCCACCUGCUGGAGCUAGACAGAACAGAGCAUCUUAAGAUGCAGCAUUGACAGCGCGCUAUAUUGACCGAUUGCCAUGCCACAUGUAGUAGCCUACAUUCAUUUGCUUUCUUUGUUUUACAGUAAUACUAUUUUGGAAAGUAUUUACAGAAUGUUUAGGAGUUCUCGCCGUUUAUUGUGUGUAGAAUGUCGAAAACGAAACUAAACACCGAAGUUUUGUUACAAAUAUAUUUUUUAAGGUUGUAGAGUAUUUUUUUUUUUUUUUUUUUUUGCCGCAAACAGAGAUGAUUUUGUGCACAUUUAUUUUGUUCUCUUUGAGUUUAUGCCUGACUGAUGCUAAGAAGUUAUUGUCAGUGAUGAAGGGAGAUUCUUUCACUAUAAAUUUGGAUGUUACUAACAUGCAGAGAAAUGAUGAGAUCGAGUGGAGGUUUGAAGGCAUUCGCAUCGCUAGAGUGAUCGUGAACAAUUCAGAAUAUUAUAAUGAUGGGACAUUCAGAGACAGAUUGAAGCUGGAUCAUCAGACUGGAUCUCUGACCAUCACAAACACCCAAAUCACAGACUCUGGACUUUACCAACUGAAGACGAUUAUUGGGCAUAAGGAAUCAAUCAAGAGAUUCGAUGUUACUGUUUAUGAUGUAGAGAAGUUGCCAGUGAUGGAGGGAGAUUCUGUCACUCUAAACCCUAAUCUUACUAACAUACAGAGAAAUGAUGAGAUCGAGUGGAGGUUUGAAGGCAUUCGCAUCGCUAGAGUGAUCGUGAACAAUUCAGAAUAUUAUAAUGAUGGGACAUUCAGAGACAGAUUGAAGCUGGAUCAUCGGACUGGAUCUCUGACCAUCACAAACACCAAAAUCACAGACUCUGGACUUUACCAACUGAAGACGAUUAUUGGGAUAACAGAGUCCAUCAAGAGAUUCAUUGUUACCGUUAAUGCUUAUCUGCCAGUCAUAACCAGAAACUCACAACAUCAACAGACUGAACAUCCCAGUAUCAAUCAACUCUGUGACACAUGUUCGGCACCAGGCCCACAGUCUCAUUCUCAUUCUUCAGACUCUUUAUCUCUGAUAGUGCUGAUCUCGGCCGCUGCUGGAUUUCUGUUGAUUGUGGCUAUAAUUUGCAUAUUUUGUAUGUGCUGGGAAAACAAAGAUGCAGUUCAGCCCCAUGAAGAUGCACUAAUCUACACACAGAUUGGACAAAUGACAGAAUCUGAAAUGACGGUGGUGGUUUAUUCAUAUUUCACCCCAGAACAAUGCUCAAACUUCCGGUGAUUGUUUCGUCAUCUGAGUUUUACACUGUAUUAUUGUUUCAAAUUUGAUUUGAUUUUGUCAUUUAUAUUUCCUUAAGUGAUCUUUUGAGAGUUUGUGUUCCUGAAUGUUAAUGUGUUAUUCAUUUAGAAUAAAGCUCAAACAACUUAACAUUCCAUUGGUUGAUAACCAUAAACAUUCACUGUGCUAGAUAGUCAACUUGCUGACGAUUCUGGAAUUUCGGUCAAAUACAUGCUUAUUUCACUCUUUAUAAUACAUACAAUAUGCUUCAAAUGCCUGUGUAUAAAUAGGCACUACUUUAAUGGAAAGACAAGGUGAUGUAGUUGUUGUUGGGAAAAAAAAAAAAAAAAAAA